AUGGCCGAACCUCCGUCUAAGCGUGCACGUACUACACCUUCUAAGUCUAGCAGCAACGAAGCUGCAGCGAACAACGAGGCCGCAUCAACCAACGCAACGCCCCGCGAAGACCUACGCGCGCUCGCAAAUGUUCUCAACCAACAACAAACCCGCACGCCUCUCCGUGCCGCCAGCGCCGGUCCGAGCCACACUCCCAGCACCGCCGCACCACAGCCAGCCCGCACGCCUCGAGCCAUCAACGCCCGCCAAUUCCCUGUCGCACGACGAGUAGGCGCCCCGACGACACCGCAUGCAAUCCGGGCGCUCCAGGCGCGCCGCGACGCCGCGCUGGCCGCGUCCGGCGGACGGAAAAACAGGCGGCGCAGUAUUGUGCAACAGCAGGAGACGCCGCGAGACAUCCUGCGAGCCUUGAGUCGGCGCCUGGCGCCCAUAUCACAGCGGAUCAUACCCUCGCCCGAUUACCAGCAGAUGACCACAAGACGUAGGCCGGAAGGCGAUGACUUAGAUGAAGGACCAGAUCUGCCCCGCCCACGCCUCUCAAUGCCCAUUAACGAGGAUGAGGAUGAUAGCUUUCAUGAAGCACCACCACGACUGUCGCUGGCACUCGAAGACAUGGAUACUACGGCUCAUUCAUUGGAGGGCGGAAGGCGUGCUGUGAGCGAGGAUCCGCGGCCACGGCUAUCCAUGGCGCGUCUGAGGCUGAGCGAAAGGUUUGGUGACGAUAUGGACGUACUGAGCGAGGAGGGCGGAGCCGAAAUGUAUGACGGAACGAUUGGGCCGUUGGUAUUUGAUGGCGAGCCCGACGAUGUUUUGGGUGAAGAGAUCACGACCAGAUUUGAAGAUGAUACAACACAGGAGCUCCGCGCAAUGCUCGCAUCACGGCGCCGCUCCCGUGUUAGCGACAUUGACCAGCCAGCAGGUGCUGAUCUGGACGAUGAACCGACAUUCCGUUUCAAAAUGCCUGGUUCCCGUGAUCCAUCUCUGUUGUUUCCGCAGCAAGAAGAGGAAGAGGAUGAGCAGGAGGCCGCAGACGAUGAAGGUGUCGCAGAGGAUGAAGAUGCGGUGGAUGAGGAGGAUGCCGAAGAUGCUGUGGAGGGGGCGGCCGAUGCACUACCGGCCGCCGGUGAGGAAGACGAAGAGGAUUACGAGACCGAACCGGACGCCGAUCAAGAUGUGGAAAUCGAAGAGGACGAGCAAGCUUUAGAAUCACAACUCCGCCAAGGCUCUAUCCCCCGCUCCGCAUCACCCUCUUCAAGGCCGAAGAAGCAAACGACAGCUCGGCGUAAGUCGUUGAAGGUAUCCCGUUACGGCACGCCGUACCCAUCUCUCCCGUCGAGCGUCACCAAGCGGCUGGCAACCAGUUUUGCCCGGCUUCAUAGUGGACCCACGACGAAGCUGAGCAAGGACACGCUCGAUGCUAUUUCACAGGCCUCGGACUGGUUCUUCGAGCAAAUUGGUGAAGAUCUCGCUAGCUACGCGGAGCAUGCUGGACGUAAAACAAUUGAGGAGGCGGAUGUGUUGACUCUGAUGAACAGACAGCGCCAAGUUAAUGCAUCGACAACGCCCUUCUCUCUCGCGCAGAAAUACCUGCCACGCGAACUACUCCAGGAAAUCCGCAUGCCGCAGGCGACGCUGAAGUCAAAGCGCUCUACUGCUCGGAAGAGAAAUAGAAUGGAGAUGGAGACGAUCGAUGAGGAGGCGGAGGAGUGA